AUGGUUUUUGGUAAAUUUCACUUAUAUGGCUUAUCUGUGUUUACACUAUUUGAUCCUGGCUCUACACAUUCCUAUAUUUGUUCAUCACUUGUUCUUCCUGAAAAUGUGAAAUCUGUGAGACUUAACUUUGACGUUCUAUUUGAAAGUCCUUUGGGUUACCAAGUUGUUUAUGAUAUUUUAAUAUAUUCCAAGAGUAAAGAAGAGCAUGAUAAACAUCUUCGAAUUGUUUUGCAAACGUUGAAGGAGAUAGAACCUUAUGCUAAAAUUUCAAAGUGUGAAUUUUGGCUUAAUGAAGUGACUUUUGUGGGACAUGUUGUGCCAGCAAAAGAUGUGAAGGUGGAUUCUAGUAAAAUUGAAGCAAUUGUUGAAUGGAAAACACCCAAAAGUCUUAUUGAGGUAAGAAGUUUCCUGGGUUUAGCAGGAUACUAUAGAAGGUGUGUGAAAGGCUUCUCCAUCAUAGCCUCUCCUUUGACGAGACUUUUGAAGAAGGAAGUGAAGUUAACUUGGGAUGACAAGUGCCAAGAGAUAUUUGAAACGCUCAAAUCCUUGUUGACACAAGCUCAUAUACUUACUCUACCAAUGGAGAGGAAAGAGUACGUGAUAUAUAGUGACACUUCUUAUCGUGGUUUCGGAUGUGUUUUGAUGCAAGAAGGGAAAGUUAUUUCUUAG